GCCACGUCAGCAGUGCCACAUCAGACACAGUGCCACGUCAGCAGUGCCACGUCAGACACAGUGCCACGUCAGCAGUGCCACGUCAGUCACAGUGCCACGUCAGCAUGACGGGUCCAGCAAUGGGCAUGCGAGGCCAACUGGCCAAUGAGCCUAUUGCCGACUACAAAAAGCACUUCCAGGCUCAGCUCGCUUUCAUCGAGGCUGAGGAACAUCGCCAGCUGGCAGCCGCGGCUGCCCGCCUACAGGCUGAAGAAGCGGCAACAGCAGAGAAGCUGCGGCUACAGGCCGAAGCAGACGCAGAUGCCCAGGCUCACCGCAAGGAAGCCCAGGAUCUGCUGCAGCGACAUGAAUCCAACAGCAUCGAGAGACUCAAGUUCUGGCACUUUGAAUCGAACGGCGACGACGGCACACCGGAAGAGCAGCAUAAGGAGUUCCUCUCCAAACUCGUGACACGGUUGUUGUGUGCUUGCAACUACCAACGGUCCGAGUUAGAGAAACAGAACCAGGAACUGCAGCAACAGUACCAGGAUCUGAAGACACAGCACCAGGAGUUGGCGAACCUCCGCCGGAUGGUGCAAAGCCACGAGGAUGCAACACGGGCAAUCAAUUCCCGUGUACUAGACCUGGAACAGGCUGUACCAAGACCAGAUGUUGGGGCUUCCAGCAGUGCACCCUCUAGCUGCCAACUGGAGGAACGUGUUGACCAUGUAGUGGCAAUGCUCGGCGACAUCAGCACCUUCGCGGCGCCAACCACCAUCAGCAACCAGCUGGACACAUUGAAGACCGAGGUCCAGCAACUGCAGUCGACGAACACGGAUGGCAACAAUCCAAAGCAAUACAAGAUGCCAACCUUUCAACAAGAGAAGUUCGACGACUACACGCAUCUGGACCCGGUGCUCUGGUGGGAAGCAUUCACGACGCAACUUCGGAGUCUGCCUGUCGCCAAACACGCAUACAUCGGCGUCCUGUUCAUGAACUCAAAGGGCGGAUGCCAGAUCUGGUUAACCCACCUGGCAGCCACCCAUGGCGUCGACGUCGCAGAUCUGAAGGACAAGAUCACAUGGGAAGAGUUUACACGGCUGUGGAAGAAGCGGUUCAUCGUCGACGACGCUCCAGCACUAGCCAUCAACCGUCUCUUCACCAUGUCUCGGGGCAACACAGCAACAUGGGACUGGCUCACGGAAUGGUCAUGUGCUGCACUGAGCCAGGCACUUGGUGAUCGCGAGCAAUACACCACCUUCGCUGAGAUCAUUGAUAAGGCAAGGGAGAUCAUCAAGACCAACAGGUCGGCUGCACACGAGAAGUCAACAUGGCAGCCAACCUAUGUGGAGAAGGUGAGAACUGGUCCGCGACAGCAGCAGUUCGCUGCAGUCCAAUCGGACACUGUGGAAGAUCCGGCAGCCACCCAAGCGUCACCUUCGCCGUCAUCUACCGCCGGGGAUUCAACGUCAUGGUCAAGACUUGAAGAGCUCGACCCGUUGACUUUUGAGGACUUCCAAUGGAUGCCCCUGCCCCGGUCCGGUCGAUUGCCGAAACCGCAUUGCAACGUGCUCAAGGCGCAAUUGCGAGAUUACUUGCACAUUGCAGUACCGACUCCGUUGAUGGACGCCGGAGUAGAGGUUGUCGACCUUCACGCCUACAUUGCGAAGAUCGACCGCGAGUUCAAGACUCAACGAAGAACACAUCGCAAGCUCAACGCGCAGACGAUAAGAAACGCCGGCCCUCUCCCACGCAUCGACGAUCUUGUCGAGCGACUGGGCGGCGCCAAGUUCUUCUCCAAGCUCGAUCUCAAGUCGGGAUAUCACCAACUCGAGAUUUGCAAGGAGGAUCGCUACAAGACCGCAUUUAAGACGCGAUAUGGGCAUUUUGAAUGGCUGGUUAUGCCAUUUGGCCUUACGAAUGCCCCGACCACUUUCCAAGCGGCUAUGAGAACGGAGUUUCGACACAUGCUGGAUCGAUACGUACUUAUCUACCUCGACGAUAUCCUGGUGUACAGCCGGAGUUUGGAGGAGCAUGUGGAACACCUGCGCACCGUUUUGGAGUGGCUACGACAAGCCAAGUACAAAGCCAACCGCGACAAGUGCAAAUUCGCACGGCAGGAGCUGGAGUACUUGGGACAUUAUGUGACGCUGCAAGGCAUCCGUCCGCUUGCGGACAAGAUCGAGGCCCUACGAGUAUGGCCCGAGCCCACCAACACCACGGACGUUCGUUCAUGGAAGGGAUUGGCGGGCUACUAUCAGCGAUUCAUCACCGGAUACUCAAGGAUUGCUGCACCUAUGACGAGAUUACAAUCGCCAAAGGUGCCAUUCGUAUUCGAUGACGACGCACGCCGGUCAUUCCAAACACUUAAGACGGCUAUGCUCAUGGCACCCGUCCUCAGCAUCUAUGACCCCACCCUACCGACGAGAGUGACUACGGACGCUUCCGGCUAUGGCAUUGGGGCAGUCUUGGAACAACACCACGACGACGAUUGGCACCCUGUGGAGUAUUUCAUCCACAAAGUGCCUCCCAUCAACUCGCUUGAUGAUGCAAGGAAGAAGGAGCUGCUCGCAUUCGUCAUGGCUCUCAAACGAUGGCAGCACUUCCUCCUUGGGCGUCGUAGGUUCACAUGGGUGACGGACAACAAUCCAUUGACCUACUACAAGACGCAGGAUACGGUGAGCAGCACAAUCGGACGAUGGAUGUACUUCAUCGACCAAUUUGACUUCACACCGAAACAUCUUCCCGGCCUCUCCAAUCGCGCAGCAGAUGCACUCUCGCGAAGACCUGAUCUUUGCGCUAUGUGUCCCACGCGACCGCCAUCUUCGGACUCGCCUCCUCGGCGAGUAUCAUGAUACGCGACUCGCCGGCCAUUUCGGAGUCAACCGCACUAUUGCACGGCUUC